AGGCGCAGCCCUUCUUUCCCCCGCCCCUGCUGCAUGCCGGUUUGGGGCCCGUCUCCUCCCCCCGUGCAAAAGGCCGGCCGGCCCAUUGUCCAUUUUCCCUAGGUCCGCCUCGCUCACUCUUCGUGCUUCCGCCGGGCUGGUAGCUGUUCCGUGGUGCUGGGUCCGGGUGCAGCGCUGGCGGCAGGCAGGAUGGGCUGCGAGCGGCCGGGAGCUAUGGGGCUGGGGCUGCUGCUGCUGCUGGCCGGGGCGCGGGCGCAGUACGAGCGCUACAGCUUCAAGAGCUUUCCCCGGGACGAGCUGAUGCCGCUGGAGUCCGCCUAUCGCUACGGCCUGGACCAGUACAGCAGCGAGAACUGGCCCGAGAGCGUCAGCUACCUGGAGGUGAGCAUGCGGCUGCACCGCCUGCUGCGGGACAGCGAGGCCUUCUGCCACCUCAACUGCAGCGCUGCCCGCCUGCCGCCGCGCGGCUCCCCGGCCCGCUUCGCUGGCUUCCCGGAGCUGCGCCUCUUCGCGGACGUGCUGCUGCGGGCGCAGUGCCUCAAGCGCUGCAAGCAGGGGCUGCCCGCCUUCCGCCAGUCCCAGCCCAGCCGCGAGGUGCUCGACGAGUUCCAGAGGCGAGAGCCCUACAAGUUCCUGCAGUACGCCUACUACAAGGCUAAUAACUUUCCAAAAGCCAUUGCAGCAGCUCAUACGUUUCUGCUGAAGCACCCAAAUGACGAGAUGAUGCAGAGGAAUAUGGCUUAUUACAAGAGCAUGCCUGAUGCCGAGGAGUAUAUUAAAGACUUGGAGACAAAACCAUAUGAGACUCUCUUUGUCAGGUCUGUGAGGGCGUACAAUGGGGAUAACUGGAGGACCUCCAUCUCCGAUAUGGAGCUGGCACUUCCUGAUUUCUUCAAAGCCUAUGAUGACUGCCUUGCAGCCUGUGAAGGUUCCCGGGAGAUCAAAGAGUUUAAAGAUUUUUAUCUUUCAAUAGCAGAUCACUACAUUGAAGUUCUUGAAUGCAAACUGCAGUGUGAAAUCAACCUGACGCCGGUCAUAGGAGGCUUUGUUGUGGAGAAGUUUGUGGCAACCAUGUACCAUUAUUUACAGUUUGCCUAUUAUAAAUUGAAUGACAUGAAGAAUGCAGCCCCUUGUGUUGCUAGCUACAUGCUCUUUGACCAGAAAGAUGAAGUGAUGAAACAGAACAUGGUCUAUUAUCAGUACCAUAAAGACAAAUGGGGACUCACAGAGGAGGAUUUCCAGCCCAGACCAGAAGCAGUUCGAUAUUAUAACAUAACCACACUUCAGAUGGAAAUGUAUGAAUUUGCAAAGCGGCAUAUAAUGGAUGAUGAUGAGGGUGAAGUUGUGGAAUUCCUUGAUGAACUCCUUGAAGUGGAUGAAAACAGUGAAUCCUGAUGAACAAAAACAAGGCAUAGUUUUUUAAAAAAAUAAAGGCCCACUGUUGUGCCUUCAUAUCAUCAUUUGUAGCUCAGGUUAGAGAUACUUCAAAGCUGUGCCUUUAACCUCAGUCAAAUCUCAUGAUCUUUCCUGUCCAAUCACUGCCACACUGCACUGAUCUUUUCAUGAGUGUGGUUUUUCACUGUAUGCUCUCAAAGUUGAGCCAUGUGGGGUAUAAUCUUGUUUGAUUUCUUUAAAAUAGUACUUUAAAAAAAGAAAGCUAUUCGGAUGCUGUCACUUGUCACUGAGACUCCUUCAGUCUGCUCAGCUAAAUUGUAAUAGCUUGGCUAAAUUCUGAAGAAGUUUUGCCAGAAUAUGGACGAAGUAAUUGAAUAGGGCAUACCAACUCUCCAGAUUUUCUGAGGCAUGUAAUGGUAUUUUGUAUAUGGAUUUCCCAUGAGGAGUAACAAACUUGCACUAAAUUUCAGUGCAUCAAAAGAUGCUAAUGCAUCAAACAAACUGCCCCAUAAUUUAGAUUGUAAACUUUUUGGGCAAAAGCUCUCCUUUUGUUCUUUCUAUACAAUCCCUAGUAGAGUGGGGUCCUGGUCCAUACCAGGCAUUCCCAGGCAUUAUGGUAAUAAUAAAAAAAAAACUGAAAUGUGCUUUAACUGACUUAGCUAGUUAGAGAGACAAGGUUGAUGAAGUAGUAUUUUUAUUUUAUUUUAAUAAAAUAUAUUACUUCACUCACCUUGUCUGCAAUAUACUGGGACUCACAGGGCUACAACUACACUGACUUAACCAAUGACCUUUUAAAAACUGCUCUGAGAAGUUCCUUCUGUCAGCAAUUUUGAUCUGUCUUGAAAAUUGCACAAGGUUCAAUGGCAUGAAGCAGAUCAGUCAGAAUUAAUGCAAUAAGUAGUUAAAUUUCUCUCUCUCAAUUUUUGCUCCUUUAGGGCCCAAUCCUGCAUACCUCUUCUCUCACAAGUAGCUCUUGUCCAUGUGAGUAGUAGUGUGAGUAAGAGCUAAUCAGGUAAAAAGUUAUGGUUUGUGUAUUCUCUCAUCUAGAUAAGGAUUUUCAGGCUCUUUAGUCUGAUGGACAAUCAGCAUAUUUUCAUACCCAAAAGGAAGUAGAGAUAAAACUAUCUGUUUGAAGAACCAUUUAUGUUAAUAAAGAGCAAACCUGAGAUGUAAUCAUAAUCUCUGUACCCAUUGUUUAAUGGUAGAUGGGAUGUGAUCAUGAAGAAUACAUCUAUACCAACUUUUGACCAUAGAUGGAAGGACUAUUUGGGACUAUCUUUUUUCACUAGUGUAUUUUUCUUGUUAUUUUUGUAUAUUUUCCUUGUUAUGUUAUAUGAUCCUGCCCUAUAAACAAGUAUUUUGAAGACCAUGAAAAAUAUUGUAUUUAAAGAUAAUAGGUAAAAUCCUGGCCCCAUUGAAGUCAAUGGCAAAAGUCCUAUUGACUUCAGUGAAGCCAGGAUAUCAGGUCUGUCUUUAAGAGCUAGAACCUGCAAGUGCUUGAGAUCUACUCACUUUAGUGGGAGGCAAGGGCAUUCAGUCCCUUUCAUGGCUGAGCCCUAACUCGGCUAUGGAGUUCCAGUAUGUGCAAGUAAAUUUGGAGAAGCCCGGUCAGUAAAAAUAACUUGAACCCUGCUAUUUUGCCUACACAUUUACCAGCUAUACAGUAGCUCCAAGCUGUAUCAGAGAAAAAGAAAGGAAAUCCACAGUUUAGGUUGUCUUGCAAUCCCUAGUCAUACAAAAACAAAAAAACCCCAAACCCUUAAAAUAUAACCAAAGAUGUACAGGGUCAGAUUCUGUCUGCUGUUUCUCUUUCUUUUCUACCAGAACAUUUAGUUUGCUGCAAGCUGGGGAGUGAAUCCCCAUACUAAUCUGCUGCAGGCUAGUUGUCGUUUGGACCCUGCUGACCUGCAUUAACAGUUAGUUAAUGCACUUUGAUGUAGUCUCAUUUCAAAGAGGACCAGAUCAAAGUGGAUCAGCAGGGUCCACAGGAACAGUUAGUUCACAGCAGGCUGGCGUAGUAGAUUCAUACCCCAGUUGGAUGCUAAAUGUUCUUGUAAACAAUCCCUUAAUCUCAAUUUAAUCCAUUGACGUCAAUGGAUUAAAUUCUCUUUUGUGUUAUACAGUUGUAUAUCCAGCAUAAUAUCCCCAUUAAUUUCAGUGCAGCUACCACUGUAAUGAGAGCAGAAUUUGGCCCACGCUCUGCCUUGGUGCUUUAGCAUAUGUGGGAUGUUGUUAUGCUUCACAGCAUUAGGGUUUAUUUAUUGUAUAUUUAUGCAUGAAUUUAACUCUGCUUUUAAAAUGUGUAGCAGUUUAUUAUAAACUAGUUUUCAUUCCAUACUAAAAUAUACCCCUCAUCGUGGUAGAUGAGUGCCUGUACCCUAUUUUAUCUCCUAGAGAAUUUAUGUAUGCUUUGUACAAGAGCUCGAGGAGAGGCUGCUACUCUGGAGUUAUCUCCUAUCCCCUGGCUCUCAAAGAUGUAUGGAAGGACAGUUUCGAACCUCUCCUAUCAGAAACUUGACAUCCAAGGUUAAGUAAUCUGCCCAAAUGUCUUCUCCUCAAUGAGAUUCUCAGCCUCUCCUUCAGAAAUCGCAUGUGAGUGAUAUGGGGCUGUUCUGGGAAAGAUACUUCCAUCCAUGUUGUCUUGUUCUUGUUAAUUACGUUUUCAAUUCUUCUGCCCCUCGUGUUGUGUCUUUUCGUAAACCUACGUUGUGAGGUCAGUGGAGCAUGGACAGUCUUCCUGUUACUUGUUUGUAUGGUGCCUGGCACAAUGAGCCUUAAUCUUUGAGUGGAGCCUGUAGGUGCUACUGUAAUACAAAAAUAAAUAAAUAAAGUGCCUUAAAGACCUCUUCAGGAAUGGAUGCUCACGAUUCGACUUACUGGGACUGAUUUUUCCAGUUUUACUUGCAUCUAAGUGAUCAUUUUGGUCUUUUUCCCUUUAGCUUUCCCCACAAGUUGGACAUAUUUAGAUAAUAUCUAUGAGUAGGGCUACGAUUAUGUCAUGGAAUCCGUGACUUCCAGUGACUUCCGUGACAUUUUCUGCCCCUGGGCUGGACUGCUGUCAGCUGGCAACAGCUCUCUCAGAGGCCCCCAGCAGUUCCCACUUACUGCAGGAUGCUGGGCUCCCCGCAGCUGUCCAGCUGCGGCAGGUGGCAGGAGCCCCCUCCUCUCUCUUCCACCCAUCGCCCCCCGCAGCUGCCCAGUCACGGCAGGCAGCAGGGAACCCUGCAGCAGCCCAGCCAUGGUGGGGGACCCCUCCACAGCAGCUCAGCCACAGCAGGUGGUAGGGGAGGGAGGAUGAACCCCACAGCAGCCCAGCCAUGGCGGCCGGAGAUUGGGCCUUCUCCAUUCCCAUUUUGUCAUAGAUAUUUUUAGUAAAAAUCAGGGACCGGUCACAAGCUUCCGUUAAUUUUUUUUUAUUGCUCGUGACCCGGCUGUGAUAUUUACUAUAAAUAUCCAUGACAAAAUCUGAGCCUUGUCUAUUAGUGUGGUUCUAUACUGUAACUAUUUGUGUAAAAACUCAUGUACCCUUCUAAAAUGGCAGUGAUCUGUUUUCAUUUUGUUCAUGUGCCUUGUGGAUUUUUAUGACUUUUUCUAAUUUCCACUACAUAUGGUCCCAAGCCAGUUCAAUUUUAACAAGUGUAAGGAGUUCUCUAGCACCAACUCUUUUCUAGUGAGAAAUAGCUGCUCUUCCAGUCCUGUAGUAUUUAAUGCAGCUUUUUUCAGCAUUCUCAUCUUCUUUCACGUGAUUUUUCUUCUGCUGCUAUUGGUAAAUGCCAAUACUGUGUGUUACUGCAAUAAAUCUGUGUCCUUCCUGCCAUUUCUUCUUGGGGUCAGCUGGUGGGCAGGGCAGUGCCCCCUCCCUCCACUCACCCUUUGCCCCCCCCCUCCAAAAAAAAUUUCCUGCAACACCUUCGUCCUAGCAGCUUCUGCCUAGUUGGUGAGAUUUUGAUGUUACAUCUUCAUUUUCUUUUAAUAUUUAUUCAAGGCUUAUUUUAUGCUCCGUUCCUUCUCUUGUACUGCAUCUCAGUCAAGCUACAGUAGACAUGUGGCAGUUUUGACAGAAGUGUGUUCCAUACCACUUUAACAUGUGGCAUUGGUGCACACAGACAUCUUGCACCUCAUCCUACCACUCAUAUGUGGGUAUAACUCAACUGACCUCGGUGGUGGUCUUGCUUAUGACAGAACUGUAGUAUCGAGCCUUUUAUAAUUGCUUACUUUUCUAAUAAUCCAGUAAGAUAUUUGGAUAACUGCUCUUAGUUUCUCUGAGCCGCACUUAUGUAAUAGCCUGUUGCAGAUUACACAAAUAAUAAUGUUGUCGGCAUUAUUGGUGAACACUGAAUGAAAUUCAUCCCAGAGGGUAUGAUUAGCACAAGGCCUUCUGCCCCACUUAAGCUCUAUGUUAAGAUCUUAUGUUGGACAGAGGGCUUUGCACAGGCCUUUUGCAAGACAGUGAAUUUCCUGGAAGUUUUAGCUCGAACUGGAUCACAGACUUUGACUGUCACAGUCUAGUUCCCAAUGGGUAUUUGUCCACAUAUCUAAACUAUCAGACAGUUGGGUAUAGUGACAGUCUCUAUUGAUCUGUAGACUGUGAAUCAGGACUAGACUAUUAGCAGUAUUGCAAGUUGGGAGUGAGUUUAUUUGACAGAGCUGUAUUGAGUAUUUUAACAUGGACUCUUUCUAGCUACUACAGUGCCUCACUUGCUUCUAACUCACUUUCAUAAGGUUCAACGUUCAUUCAAAUAAAAUAGAUAAUAAGAGUGGUGGUGGUUUCGUGUAUUGUUCAAACAUCAGAAUAGUUAUGUUCUGAAAAGCUAUUAUACAAUGGUAUAAUGGAUUCCAUAUUUACUGUGUCUCAAUGGUUUCUAUAUUAAAUAUGUUCAGUUUAGAAGGAAAAAUAUUUUUCUAAGUGUCAGUUCCUGCAAAUUCAACCUGGAAUCUGAAAGUUAAGCUGGGUUCUUUCUCUCACACUGCUAGCAAUAAAGUUUCUGCCAUGGAACCGUAAUUAAUAAUUCUGUUGCCAAUUCAUAAGGCAAAACAGAAUCCAGUUGUCUCUCCCUUUCUCUCUCGUCUUGUGCUGUAUUGCUUUGCAGUGCUACCAAGAAAUUUUUUUUUUUAAAUUAGUAAUUAAAGCAGAUGUGAUUCUGAAUAUCUCUGGGGAAAUACUUCUGAAUAAGAAGGUGCCAUUUUUACAUACAUAUUUUACAGCAUAGAACCAUGCUCAUAGAUGUAACUAAAGAUGUACCUCUGAAACAAACUAUUCCUUUCUUCCUUCUAAAACCAUAUUAGAACAGUCUGCUUUAUAUGACUUUUUCUUACCCCAUUGCUGUAGCUAACCUCCAUUGCAUAUCCCUGCAUUCAAGAAAGGUAAUAUUGAUGGAUAUUUACAGCAAAGGCAAACACAGGAAAUCUGUCUCUUUAAAGAGGUUCCAUUAAAAAGGGAUUUUUAGUAACCUGCACUUCUUACAGCUCUAAAUACUGAGUUGCAAAUAGACAAAGAUGUGUUGGAUUGUAAAUGUACUCAUGUUUAUUAUGGCUGCAAUUGAGGGUAAACAGUUGCCUGCAUAUGCCAGCUACUGUGGAAGUAUGUUUUUUAAGUUCUAAUGUGGGCUCUAAACCAAACCUACUUCAGUUCAGAAAAAAAUUCAGUACUUAACUGUGGAGAGAAGUACUGAUGCCAGAGAAAACAUACUCCUAUAAUAAUGUUUGAACAUAGAGCUGUGAUGCAGUUUGCAGCAGAGCAAUGAGAAAAAAACACAACUAAUCCUUCAUUGCUGCUGUCUGAACUUUUGGUUGUCUGCCAUCCUUUAAACAGCGACUUCUUUUUUCUAGUGACUCAAUGGGUGAAUGACUUAGUGUGGAGAGUUUAAGCUACAUACAAAAAAAGAUGUUAGUAAGAAAUAGCCUGACUUACAAAAGUUUUGGCUAUAUACACCAGCAGAUCAGGUUUUUGUAUCUUAACUCCUCUUCAGUGCCUAGAGAAAAAUGUAAUAAAUGGAGACCUUUUUUUUUUUUGGUAAGGAAAUAUUCAGUUGCUUAGACUCUCCUCUCUCUCUUCCCUUCCCUCCCCCCCCCAAAAGCAUUUGGUGGUGUAUGGAAACAAAAUUCUGUUGAGUUCUCGGUUUUUAAAGUUUAUAAAUGGUAACCUUUGGGUAGAAGUUUCUUUGAUUAUUUUUAACCUCUCCCUGUUUAUAUAGCUUUUGGAUAGCUGUGUUUAAAUGGCAUUAAGUAGUUAAUAUGAUUUAUUUUUACAUUUGCAAAGCCAUGAAAUUUUUACUUAUUUUAAAAUAAUAGGAUUAUGGGAGUUGGAGCUGUAAUUGCAUAUAACUAUUAACUGUUGUUUUAAAAUUAGCUUUGUCACUGUGUGUCAGUCUCUCUACCAUUUAUCUGC